UAUUGUUCAGUUGGAUAUGUUAGCAUAACAUAGACAUUCAAUGAAGCCGAAUUUUAAGUAUAUUCAAAAGGUGUCGAGAGCCUUUCACUUAUCAAGUGCCUUCCUUGAGAGUGGUCAAUAUGCUAAGCUUUAUUUGACCGUCAAUUCGAACAAGUCGGAGGUGGCAUCCUUAACACAUACUGUACGGCAGAGGGAUCUCGAUUUGAACUUCUUGAAGGGCGAUAAGCUAAUUUUUCAUAUCGUUGGCAAAGGGGACAUUACACUAGUGGGCUAUACACUUCCUUGUGUUGGCAAUGAUUCCGAUGACGAUGUUAAUGAUGAUGACGACGACUAUGACGAUGGUGGCAUUGAGGUAGAAGAAGAAUCUGAUGCAUCGGAGAAGGAAAGCGAUGACGACAAUGGACCGCCAAAGAAGAAGUUAAGACUAUCAAUAGGCCAGGGUCCAAAUUCAGAAUCGAAUGAAGAUGAUGACAUGGAGAUGGGCACUGAAGACGCUGAUGGCUAUGAUGUCAAAAUGAAUAUUGAGGAUAAUUGAUUUUAAUCAUAUCUUAAAUAUAUGUGAAUCAGCUUUACAUUUGC